UUCAGAUAGCGUUUCGCUCAGCGCAGCGCACGCACCAUUUAUAUAGGAAUCAAAACGGCAGUCGCGUUUAGCAGUUAUUUGCGCAGGUGGUGCUCUUCUGCACUUCUUUCUUGUUAUGAUACGCAUGCGCGAUAGUGGCAUAUUUGUGAAAUAUACAUUGACAGUUGUAAUGAUUUCAUUUAACAAUUAAAAAAAAAUAUUCCGAACUUAUAAAACAACUUGAGCUUUUUUAAAGAAAAAAGUGUUUUAAGUGAAGACUAUGAAAAUUUUUCUGAAAUGUGGGAAUAAAAUAAAUAAAAAAUCGAUCUAAAACGACAUAAUAUCCUUCGCUUUCUUUUAACGAUAUCUUUUUGUUGUUAAUUUUGCAACAAGUGUAAGCAGCGUAACUGUUGGUGUGUUGGGAACUGGUUUUGUGGUGACCGUUUGGUUUUUUGUGCUGUAUUUAUAUAUUUGUUUGUGUGGUAUAGUUGAUUUCGCAAGUGACUGUGCACGAUGAGUCUGUGGUGCUCUGCUGGGGUGCUGGACUCUGCAAGUGACAACAUUUCAACUCAUGAUUGUGUGAGUGAGUGAGGAUCAUCAGGGGAGAGCGAAUGAUGAGCAGGUGGCACGGCUGCAGCUCCCGGCGACAUGGCCGCGCUCUCCUGCUACCAGCCUUGCCGCUCGCACCUCGCGCAGCCCGCUAGGUGCCUCGACGAAGACGAUCACAAUUCUGCGUCUCUCUCGCUUCGUCGUCGUCAGUUCAUCGAGCGAUGCCAGGAGAGCCGGGGUGGCCGGCACCGCGACUACAUACCUGAGGUGUCCGUGAAGAGGACGCGGGAGGAGCUCACUAAGCAUGCAGCCGCCGCGCCUCUGACCAGGCGGCUGAACGUCGACUCCUCAUGGUCCAAGGUUGAAGAGGUUAGGAAGAAGUUUGAAGGAGCGACAGAUACAUCGUACUCUAGGUCGUUUGAAUCACCGCCGAGACGUCGUCUAGCGGACUCCCUAUUCGCAAGUUUCAAGUUACCACGUAAGAAGGAAGGCAUGGCGGCGCCACGGUCGCUAGUGCCCCAGCCGCAACAGAAGCGCAAAUCGGCAGUGGAACUGCUCGCCGAGACGAAAGCGUUCUACGUGAAAUCGGAGACCGUUCUGGAUAGGAAACAAGAGUUGCCUUUGAGGGUGAGCAGUGGUCUCAGUCAGGCGAUAGCGGCGGGCGGUUGUCAUCUAGUCAGCUCGGGCACUGCCAACACUGACGCAUGUUGCAACCCAUAUGGCACCACGAGAAGUGCGGGGGGCGCUAGACGUGCGGUGAGUGCGGGCGAGGGUUUACAGAACACAUUAAGAAGACUUCUGGAACAUUCCGACAGCAGAGAGAAUGUCUAUACACCUGGAUAUGCUGUUUCGCACAAAAUCUACCCGGACAGUCGUCGUAAGGAAUCGUAUCCGGAACGCGAGGGUCGGUCGCAGCACACGUCCGGAACGUUCUCCGGUACAUCGUCGUCCGGCACGUCCGGAUCUAAACCGCACCGUCUGGAAACGGAUAGAGAGAGACUGAGCUUCGGUGAUGCUAGAGUUUUCUUCCCGGAAUCAUUUGUAAUACCAAGACAGAGGCCUAGUGAAGUUAUUAUUAAAAAUACAUAUUCUAUACCGAGCCCUCAGUCGAGCGGUGGUCAGCUGGUACAACUGGGUCAGAUGGAGCUGCCGGAGCCGGUGGCGAGCGGGCAAGGCUCGCCAGCUGACCCUGGCGCUAUCAGCCCGCCUGCACAGUACGCGCACUCCGCACCCAGAUACAUCAGAUCAAAUUCGCAUUCUCAGCCGAGCAUGAGAGAGGAGGAGGGUUGUACCAACAUCAACAGUCAUAAGUCACUGCCCGAUCUACAUGCGCAGGCGCACACCUACCCCGAGCCUACGACUGUGGGUGGUACGGACACGUUAGGCAGGUCACCGCGCAGACGUCGCCAUUCUGCACAUCACCGCACUGCAUCCUGCUCAUCUAAAGGCACCAGUUGUUAUAGAUCAAACCAUUCUUCGAUGAUAUCUUCUUGCGAAGCGUUUUCCGAACAUCCCUCGCCGGGUGAAGAGAACUAUCAGUCUUAUAAUAGUCGUUGCGGGUCGUCAUUCGCUCGUGACUCCGGUGGUUCAAGCGGUCACUACACGCAGCGCAGUGCACCACCACACGCGAGACCACCACGAGCUGACUCCGGCUCCUCCACACAGCAUGAACAUGCCAGUCGGUACGGUGCGCGUGCCCGCGAGCCUGCAGAGUGCUACGUGUCAGCGCCGCCUCAGUUCCAGGACGGCGCGCCCUCGCCCCCGCCCCCGCCCCCGCAGCACGCCGCUCCGCCCCACGCCGCUCCGCCCCACGCCCCCACACACUACGCCCCGCACCCCCGUGUCGGUAUACACUUCCAGGCGAGUGCCCCGCCCCCCCAGUUCCAGGACGAGCCUCCCGUGUACGACUACGGUGACUACGAGUGCACGUACAAGGCACCGCUCAAGUGUCUCAACGUCGGCAGACACGAGUACACCGCCCGGGACUAUAACAGGUAUCACGAGCCGAGCACGGAGCUGGUGAGCAAGCAGCCGCAGUACCAGGAUCCGCGCCGGGUCAGGCACGAAGAUACGCAGGACUACGUUAAUGCACCACAACAGAAAUGUGGUGGGGAGGAGGUGACGUCACCGCUGGGCACGUUCAAGCGACAGCGCUGUCUGCGCUACAAGCAGCGUCGCCCGAGACCUAUACUGCGAUCCAAGUCUGAUAUAUCUGACAGAUACCGUCGUACGGACGGUCGCAGCGCGUCCUCUGCGCCAUGUGAGGGCGAGCGGGAGGUGAGAGGCGUGGCGGGGGGCGGGGCCGAGGAGGGCGGGGACUCUGAUAGCCGGUCUGAAGGCAGCGCCAGAUUGAGGCAUUUCUUCGAGCGGCUAGGUCUGGAAGCUAGACAAUACGAUGCCCUGUUAAGAGGUGCGCCUCCAGACAGCCCGGUCUUCUUCUCCUCUGCCUCAACUGUUGAUUCCAAUCAGCUCGCCAAUGCUGCUGAUUAUACGGUGCAAGGUCCAGGAGUUCAGAAACAGAUUUACCGUAACACGGAACCUCCCAGCGUUGUUGAGCGCAACGCUCGCAUUAUAAAAUGGCUGUGUCAGUGUCGUAAAACUCAAAUGCAACCUCCACAGUGAACAGUACAGAUUAUAUUUAAUAAUUUUAAUAUGUAGCAACCCUGACGUGUUCGUAUUAACGAAAUUGAAACAUAAAACAUACUAUGUCUAUUUAAGAUAGAUUAUUUUGAUAACUGACGCCUAUGAAGUAUCGAAUUAAUUUUGUAUGAGGAUUAAUGUUGUACCUAUUGGUUGUCAUAGUAUAGGACUAUCUAUUGCAAGUACUAUGAGAACGAUGAUCAAAAAUCGAAAAAAUUCUUAAUCGAUUUCACUCAACCCAACCACCCAACCCUAGUGAAUUGUCAAACUAAUCUAUCUUAAAUAGACACACUAUAAAAAAUAUUCCACGACAUGUUUUGUGUGAUUUCGUCAGUGUAAUUAUAAAAAAAAACAGAUUGAAUGUUUCUGAUACCAAAUGUAUUGAAGCAGUAAUUUAUUGUUUU